AUGAAGCGAUAUAUUAAUCACAAUUGGUCAAAAGCCUCAUGCUUUGAAUUGUUUUGGCAUGAAAAAGGCUAUUUCAUUGCCAAAUUCAAAGAGGAAGAUGACCUCAAGGAAGUCCUAUAUGGAGGGUCUUACACGAUUAAUAAUCGACCUAUUAUCCUGAAGAAAUGGUCUCCUGAUGUUGAAUUCGAUACAGCUUUUCUCAAAGAGAUUCCCCUAUGGGUCUCUUUUCCCAAUUUGCCUAUGGCUUACUGGGGAAAAGACUCUCUAAGCAGGCUGGGAAGUGCCAUUGGAGUGCCACUAUUUGCUGAUGAAUGUACAGCUAAUCAGUCGAGAAUCUCAUUUGCGAGGAUGUUGAUUGAAGUGAACAUUACUAAGCCACUACCAACUGGAGUCACAAUACAAGAUCCUUGUGGAAAGAUGUACAAGCAAGUGGUGCGGUUUGAAUGGCAACCUGAAUUCUACUCUGAUUGUCAACAGUUGGGCCAUAUAUGCAAACACAAUGAGGAAGUUCAAGGGAGGCCUCAGAAAAUUCAGAAAGUAAAUAGCAAAGCUCAUCAGCCAGCAAAGGAGUGGAGAAGCAAAGGCAGUAUAAAGCAGAACACAAGUAAGCCUCAAGAGCUAACUGAAACAAACACUAAUUGUGUUGAAACAGUAUCUCCCAUAACUCAAGCUGCCCCUACAGUAGUUCAUAAUAUAAUGGCUGGAAAAUCAGUGGAUAUUGCACAGGGCAUAACACAGGCUAAAAGGCAUGAGAAUAGUAUAUUGAGAGACAAAAACAGUGUUUUAACUCCCAGAACAAAUGUAGGUGGUACUGAUUUUUCAAUUAUCACACAGAACACUUUUGAAGUGUUAUGA